UUUUUGUUUUGUUUUGUUGCUUGCUGGGUUUUUUGAAUUUUUGCAGACCAAUGAAGGCAAAGCUCAGCCUGGAAGAUUUAUUUUCUUAAUGCCGACUCGAGAGACACGGCAGCACCGGACAGAACAGCAGGAAGAGCAGAGAGCGAGAAAACAUCAAAACAGCAGCUGAAGCCGGAGAUCAAUGAAGAGCGAAUCGCGGGUGAAAAGUAACUCCGGCUUGACAGUCACUGACAGAAGUGAGAACGAAACUGAUCUGACUCCUUCCGUGGUCUGAAGCUCAGGGCUCUAAUGGAUGAAGAGGAAACGCGAAGAAAUAAGGUGUCAAAGCAGAUGAAAGGGACCGUGAACCUUGAGGACCACGUGGAAAGAGGAUCCCCUCAGACAACCACAUCGUCCUCUGAUGAGAACGAGAACCAAAUCCAGGGCUCUGUGAGCGGGCACCGGCAGGCCCAGCAGGACUGUGUCAACAACAACGAGACAGACCCCCACAGCAAGACAGGGGAUUCCAGAGGUCUGGCACAGGGCCUCAAAAAUAACAACAAGGCAGUGAACUGCAGCGAUACCCAGAGUGCCAACACUGAGGGGGUCAAGGGAAAUGGGACAUCGCCAAAAAGGAAUGGAAAACAUAAAAAGGGCAUGAAGGUGGAAUCUUCAGGAGUGGUUCCUGAAGCCUGCACAGCAAUGAUGCUAGAUGGCAUCUCUAACGGUCCUCAGGGACCCAGUGAGGAGGAGGAGGAGGAGGAGGAGGAUUUCCUGGAAGUCUCUACCAGCUGUCAACAGAAAAUGGAUAAAAUGAGUCUCCUGCAGUCGCUGUUCUCUUCGCUCCAAGGUGGGAUGGAACAGAGCGACUCCAGCGUGCUGCCACAGUGUCUCCACCAGAUAGCUGAGACCUACUUCCAAGAACAUGAUUAUGAAAAAGCUGUCCAGUUCAUCCAGCUGGAAAGACUGUACCACGAGCAGCUGCUGUCCAACUUGUCAGCCAUUCAGAAGCAGUGGGAAUCAAGAAGGAAAGUAGCCCAAUCUCAGGAGACCAAGCCCUUCAGAAACACUCUGAACACUCUGGAAGCUCAGGAGCUGGCAACGCUGACGAAGCUCUGCAAGACACACCAACAGCCCACUCUUACUGCUGAAAAGCCUGUUGCAGCUGAGAAUACAUUGAAAAACAGCCUUAUUGCAUUGAAGAAACCUGGAGAGCAAAGGAAUCCUGACCCUAAAGCAACUACAUGCAGUUCAGGUAGCGGACCUGACACAGAAACACUGAGGGAGGAAAAGGAAGGCAAACAGGUGGGCAUGUCGGACGAAGGGUCUGUUCCUGGGAGCAGGAAAAGUGAGUUUGUGGGCAACCACCAGAGGGAGCCAUUACGCAAUAUUAGUUCAUUACAGGCCUCUGGCACACUUGGCCAGCCCUGCACUGACUCUUUGUUUACUAAGAGCACUGAUGGGGAGGGCAGCUGUUUCCAGCCAUCAGCAGAGGCAGAGGAGCUCCCUGAAGAUAUGCUGACAGAUGCAGAAACCUCAGAGCAGCAGGGGGAGGGGGUGGGGGAGGAGCUGUCCAAGACAGCUCAAAAGAAGCCUGUCCCCAGGCAAGUCUGUCCAGAACAGCAAGCAGGCGGCGUACAAUGUGACUCCUCUGCCAGUGGGGAGCAGGCUGGUGAAGGGAAUCACCUGGCAGAAGAGGUAAAGGUGAAAGGCAAAGGUUUGUUGUCCUCGCCUCCUCCAGAAGAGGCAAGGGACAACUCUGAGAGUGCUGCAGCAGGGAAUGAAUCCCUCCAGUCAGAGCACAUGAGUGAGCCGGGGGAGCUGGAAGGACAGGGAGGGGGUGAGAAGGAGGAGAAGGAGGAGCUGAGUCUGGAGGAAGGGGAAGCAGACUUGGAGAGCGAGGAUGGCUUGAAGGCCACAGGGAGAGCAGAGGAGGUGGAGGAGACGAGAUCUCCUGACAGGGAUGUUGCCUCUUCCACGGGUGGAUCUGUGGCUGAAUCUGAGAGGGACACAUCCCCCCUCGGCUCGCUGGAUACGUGGGGUCUGGACGACAGCACGCCCUCCCUGGAUGACCUUGCAAAGAGGAUAGAGAUUGAGGAGAUAACCCCGGCAGAGGGCCUGGUGUCCAUCCUGAAGAGGAGAGGCUCAGUUGACGCAGCAGAAAUACCUCCAGUGAAGGUGAAAGGAGGGGCGAAACGGAGAGUUCGAUUUCAGGAGACGGACGACAUGCUCGACCAGGACGAAGUGGGAAUGGACUCCUGCCUCCUGCUGGUUCUGCUGUGUGUUAUGACGGUUUUCAUCAGUGUGGGCGGCACUGCUUUGUACUGCACCUUUGGGGAUGUACAGUCCAGCAUUUGCACAGACUUUUCAAACAACAUAGACUUCUACUUCACCCAGAUGCAGCAGAGGAUCCAGGAGCUCAAACGCUGGCUCUCCCCCAGCUCAUAACAGAAUGCAUCUGCACACUCUUUCUUGUUCCUGCUCAAUCUUUCUCUCAUCUCCCUCCCUAUUAAAUCACAGAACAGUGAUUGCAUAGAAGGACCCAACAUAAGGCAUUACUUCAGCGCAUUUAAACCUCAGCGUGGCUGAAAUAUGGUCGAUGGUCCCUGUAAGUUUGAGCAAAGCAUCAAGCUUCAACAUGGUGGUGAAAUACACAAAGCCAGUAGUAGAGGUGAGAUGGAUUUGAAAGACGAUUCUUCAACACUUCCCUUUUCACAGUAGCUGUAAAGAGAAGCUGUUCUCCUGUCGCUCUAUUUCCUGAUUAGCCACAGACGUGCAAAGACAUGAAGGGUGCUUGCUGAAUAAGCAGCCUGUCCAAGAAGGAUACGUCAUACUGCCAUGGGUGAAAGCUUUUAAUGUAUUGAAGAAGAAAAACAUAUAUAUAUAUAAAUGUUUAAACAGAAGUCUUAACGUUUUAACAAUACUGUAAAAAAAAAAAAUGUAAAAAAAAAAAAAAGUAGAAAAUGUAUAUUAUUUUUAAUAUUGAUCUUUUCAGGUUUUGUGUCCUGCUCAGACUGGGAAGGUAAUGGUGUAUGUGUUACCUCUGUUCUGAACUGAUUAGCAGUUUUUAAGCAGCAGUGAUUUGUAAGCUCUGUUUUACAAAUGUAACUGAACUGGGAUGGGUAAAAAGUUUAUGUUUAAACACUGGGCAUUGAAACUUGUCUGUCAGAGGGGCCCAGUAGCUAGUCAGAUUCUAAAUGCACAAUCAGGUUUGUAGUAUAGGAUUUUAUUCUAGUAUUCUAAGUACUGUCGUUGCCUCCCUGAUUGGUUACUGAUUUCUGUUUUAUUUGUUAUUCUUUUAUAAUAUUAAUGCUUCUUUAGGUUAUGCACUAACCUUGGUUUUUUUUCAGGUUUCACAACGUAAAAACUCUCACUUUAAAGAACCAAAACAGCCUUUCACUGCACAUGCUGUUUCACAGUGAACAGAAACUGUCAUCGAAAUACAAAAGCAAAACGGUCACCAUAACAGAAUAUGAACUGAAAAACUAGCUUUAGAAGCUCAAUAGAUUUUUUGUAUGUGUCUCUGGCUGGAUCAGUUGACAUACAUCUUCAAAUUGUGUGGUUUGAACUAUUUAUUAAGUAUAAAGAGCUUUACGGAAAAGAUUUAAAAAAAAGAAAAAAAUCAAAAAGGAUACUUUUUCAAUCAAAAUUGUAUUGAGGUGCAUGUGUUCCUCUAUUGUACUGUUUGAAAUUGAUGUGUAGUAUCUGUACUUUUGGGUUCUCACCUUUUGUGUUAAAUGUCCCACAAAAAAGAACAUGAUUUUUAUUUCCGUUUGAUAUUACCAGACAUUGCCUUGUCUAGAGUCCAUACCACUAAAAUAUGUUAACUUGAAUAUAAUGUGUUAGAUGUCAACAGCAUAUCUAUGAUUUUAUGUUGGUAACAUUUAACUGUGUAUAUCAUGUACCAAUAACUCAUGCAUCACCACGUUUUAAUAGCUGUCCAGAUUUUUAAAAAAUGUUGUGUUGUAAUUGCUGAACAAGGAAACAUAAAUGAAAUGAUUUGGAUGAAAAA